AAAACGGUUUCUAUGGUGACAGGACGCCCAUCGUGUGCUGAGCUCUCGCGAGAGAACCGGAGAGGGCGGCCGCGGAGUCAAUAGCAACGGUACACAGGGCAACCGGCACAAACACGGCGAUGGCGGUGGCGCAGGAGGACAGUGCCUACUACCUGCAGCAGGUGACUGUUACAGAAGAACCUGAAGAUGGUUACCAUUAUGAAGAGAUUGCUCCUGAUGAUGACUUGAGUAUCUCAGAAGGAGAUGAAAAUUUGGAGAGUAUUAUGAAAAUAAUAGAGGAACAGAAUGAGGAUUUAAAAGCAGCAGCCCAGGAAUCUGACUUGAUUUCCAAUAUCCAAGUCUCCCAAAGGCCAGAGGUAGUUGAUGACUUUCUUAGAAAUUUUCUGAUCAAGAUGGGAAUGAUAAAAACACUUGACUGUUUUCAAACUGAAUGGUAUGAAAUGGUGCAAAAAGGCUCAUUGAAAUGGCAGGAUGUUGGAUUUGUUCCUGAUGUCUACACUCACAACCAGCUGCUAGAGAGUGAGCUAAGAAAUGUAAAGAAGGAUCUGGAGAACUGCAGGAAAGCAACCAACACUGCCAGUGAAGCAUUAGUAAAACUAAGGAAAGAACGCGAUUUUCAUAGGAUGCAUCAUAAACGUGUAGCACAGGAGAAAAACAGACUCAUUAAUGAUAUUAAAAGGCUUAAGAAGCACUAUGCUACAUUUGAACCUACCCUAAGGAAGAUUACAGAGAAAUAUAACACUGCAUUGAAAAACAAAAUGCUGACAAGCUUGGAAAAAGACAGGGCUCUUGUGCAGGUAUCAAAUUUACAAGCCACUAUACAUAGCAUGGAGAGUGCAUGGAAUUUGCCAGCUGCUGUUACCUCAGGUUACAAAGGCUACAGAGAUAGUAAGAAAGAUGGUCCCAGUCUGAGAGCACUUUGUGAAGCCAGAGAGCAAGGACCUGAUCCAUCUCUAGAUUCAAGAAAGUAUUUGCUGAGCAAACAUCCAAAGGAUUCUGACUUUCCUAUUGACACAAGAGUGAACCCUUACCUUGCUCAGAUGAAAAGUACUCCCAGUAUUUUGCUUCGAACAGGUGGAUGUAAAAUGACAAAGACUCUCAAAGUUCAUGAGCUGGCAGUGAGCUGCCUAGCUCUUCACCCACGGAAACAAAUCCUCGUGACUGGAAGUGAUGAACGCCUCUGGAAGAUGUGGUCCAUUCCCAAUGGUGACAUUAUUAUGACAGGUGAAGGUCACAGUGAUUGGCUUUCCAGUUGCUGCUUUCAUCCCAGUGGUAAUAUGCUUGCUACUUCCAGUGGAGACAAGACAAUGAAGAUAUGGGAUUUUGCAAAAGCUGAGUGUAUACUCACAUUUACAGGACACCUUCAUGCUGUUUGGGGAUGCUCCUGGCACACCUGUGGUGACUUCGUGGCAUCUUGUUCCAUGGAUAACACUAUUCGAAUCUGGGAUAUAAACAGUGAACGAUGCAGACAGAUACUACGAGGUCAUGUUGAUUCUGUGAACAGCAUUGAGUUUCUUCCCUUCUCUAACACCCUGCUCACAAGUGCAGCAGACAAGACACUUUCUCUUUGGGAUGUUCGGACGGGAUUAUGUGCUCAAACUUUCUUUGGACAUCAACAUUCCUGUAACGAUGCCACCUUUAACCUGAAGGGUGAUACAAUAGUUUCCUGUGACUCAUAUGGAAUACUAAAGCUUUGGGAUGUGCGGAAAGUAGCAAUAAUGCUAUCAUUUGACGCAGGCCCUCAUCCUGGCAACCAAGUGUCCUUUCAUCCAUCAGUAGGUGCAACGGUUGUAGUUAUUCUGGAAGAGCUUCAUUGGAGAUAUAGCCUGUUGUGGAAUUUCACUAUGUCCAGUUUGUCUCCAGGGGUCAGCAACCUUUACCACUGAAAGAGCCACUUGGACCCGUUUCCCACAGAAAAGAAAACACUGGGAGCCGCAAAACCCGUUUGACAUUUAAAAUGAAAUAACACUGCAUACAACGUUUUGUUUUGCCUUUAUGCUAUGUAUAAACAAACUAUAAUGUGUUGCAUUUAUGAAAUUGAUGAGCUCCUGCAGAGAAAACGAAAUUACAUUUCUGCAUGCAACAAAAACAUUUUGAACUCCGAAAAUAAGACUUUGGGUUGAAGGUUACUUUUAAGUAAAAUACUCAACGUCUAUUUGAGUCCUUCUUGUAUUUAUGAAAAACGCUAAACUUAAAUUUGCCGCCAGCAGCAAACCAAAAAUAACGUCAGCCAGCUGUCAACCUGAAAAAUAAAAGGACUAUUUCACUGAACAAUGAAAACAAAUGAAUAUACGUGAAAUAAUAGGCAAUUAAAAUAUUUAUCAUACUUGGUCAGGUUGACUCACACCUGACAAUGCAGUCGUAUUCGGUAGGGAUGGAUCGAUGCUUAGGGGAGUGACCGGGAAGGAUAAUGUGUUUUUUCCCUCUCUGAACUCACAGAAGCGUUUCCCAAACGAUGUUUGCAUUGCGAUGAUUGCAGAAUGUAAAUACUCCGAAUUUAUCAUGUCGUGACCUUGUUUGAACUCUCUCAAAUUGGGGAAGUGAGACAAUGUGCCUUUCUGUAAAUCUCUGGCAAGCACUGUCAACUCGCACUCGAAUGCCAAAACAUCCUCCAACAUGUGCAGGGCUGUACGUCCUUACCCCUGAAGAGCUGUGUUCAGCGUGUUCAGGUGCGCUGUCAUGUCUACCAUGAAGUGUAGCUUUUCCAGCCACUCUGGCCGUUCCAGCUCAGGAAAGGUGAGCCCUUUGCUGCCCAGGAACGUUUUCACUUCUUCCAGACACGCGGCAAAGCAUUUCAGCGCCUCCCCUCUGGACAGCCAGCGAUAAAAACACGUUGUAGCGGUGUGCUACAUGCAGUCAGUAAACUGCAGUCAAAGAUAGCUUUAUUCGAACUAAACAGCCUUGCUUUUAAGCCUCCCUCAACCCGCCCCCCAUGGGCGCGGAUGCUGCAAAAGACACGUACUCACAAACCCCCGUAGGCUAUCUCCCUUAGCCUGAACGCUGGCUAAUUGUGAGCCGGUUUGGAUGUGUCAGGAAAUGGGUCGCCACAACAUCUUAUUUAGAUUGUACAAGAUCACCAUAAUCUUCAAAUUUAGAAUUACAUUUCAAAAACUAACAAACCAACAUAAAAUACAUUUUAAUUAAAUACUGACCAAUUAUUUCCCAAAGCAACAGGGAGCCGCAGCACAGACGUAAAA